AAUAAUUGUGUGCAGGGACCCGGAAAAAAAUAAAUAGACUCUUUAUUUUUCACUCUUUUUUUAUACAAUUUUUAAAUAAUAAAAAAACAAUUGAACAGGGAGUCCAGCCACGAGGAGUAGGCUUUUACCAGAAACUAAAGCAUGAAUUUUCUUUGUCAAAAUCCUAAGAGGCGUGUUUUCACAGCAACAACAAUAUAAAAAAACUACUCUGCCAAAAAAAGGAAUUAGUCUAGCUCAUCGACGUUUUUGUUUUUUUGGAGUGAAAAUUACAGGCUAGCAGCCUUAUUAAUCGGUAAGAAAGAAGACAGGACAACACGACAUUGGAAUUACUACUUUGAAGAAAAAAAAAAAAAAAAAAAAAAAAAAGAGGUGCUGAGGGUGAUCAGGCUUCAUCAUUAUGGAAGAAAAUGCUCGCCGAGACCCAGAGCGCGCACAGGACUCCGGCGAGGAGUCCAACCGGGCCAUCCUGCCUCUCCUCCAGCCACCUGGCAACCAGCAGUCCCACAGGAUCACAAACUUUUACAUCGACAACAUUUUGAGACCGGACUUUGGCCGAAAGAGGAAGCACGGGACUCCGGUCCGGGAGGGAGACCGUCUGGGUCUGGGUCUGGGAGUGAUCAUACGCACAGAGGAGCUGACAGGGACAAAGUCUUCCAAAACUGGCAACCCGCAGCAGGGUGGAGCAGGAGGCGAGGAGGAAGAAGAAGAAGAACAACAAGAGGAGGAUGAGGACACGGGAGCAUCCGACGACCAGCAUCCGGACACUGAGGCCAAGAGGCCGGACCUGAGAGCCGGCGAUGCGGCUGGGAAGGCUCGGGGGGGCGGCGGGGACCGGUGCCGCAGCCCCGAGGCCGGCUCGGCCCCUGCGUCCAAGCCGCCGAUGCUGUGGCCGGCCUGGGUUUACUGCACCCGCUACUCGGACCGUCCGUCAGCAGGGCCCAGAUCCCGCAAACCAAAGAAGGAACCGACCCCGAGUAAAGAGGACAAGCGGCCCCGGACGGCCUUCACCGCGGAGCAGCUCCAUCGGUUAAAAACGGAGUUCCAGAACAACCGGUACCUGACCGAGCAGCGGCGGCAGAGCCUGGCCGGGGAACUUGGCCUUAACGAGUCUCAGAUCAAAAUCUGGUUUCAGAACAAACGGGCCAAAAUCAAGAAAGCCACCGGGAAUAAAAACGCUCUGGCGCUGCAUCUCAUGGCACAGGGACUGUACAACCACGCCGGGUCCAAGGACGCCAAGUCGGACAGCGACUAGAGGAGACACGGAGGGAAAGGACGGGGUUCUGAACCAUGCAAUAAAAAUCACUUCAGUACCAGCAUUCAUAUUUAAAAACUUAAGUAGAGACGAUAUUGUGACAUUUUGUUUGU